AUGUCCGCUGACAGUCCAGGGGAACGGCGCGGCUUCCGGGCCUUCUUCGCCAACGCCCUGCGGCCCAAAAAGUCUCGCCAGGUCCUCCGUAAGGGCUACAGCGCAUCCACGCCCGACCUUCGAGCCGAGCUGCAAUCGCGCGCCGGCACCGAUGACAUCCCUCCGAUGCCCUCCCUUGCGCCGCUUGAGGUCCAUCGGCUCAAAUACCGCGAGGCCAAUGCUCAACUUGACACCCAGCUGGGUGAAAACCGCGACCACACGGCCAUGCUGCACGCCAUUGGUGUGCAGGACAUGAGCGACUCCGCCGGCAACGAUGCGAACGAGAUCGACCGCCGGCCGCCCGGUGAGCCCGUGAUGGCCAUGCUCCCGCCGGCUCUCUGGCGCCUGGUGGCGGAGUUCUUGAAUCCCGCCGAGCGAGCUAGCCUCGCCUUCGUUAGUAAAGCCUUCCUCGGCCGGCUUGGCCUCGAUCCCUGGAUGGCAUUGAACGACCCCGAGAACCAUGACUUCCGCGCCGACUUCCUCGUCUCCCAGGACCGCGCCCUCCCUCACCACCUCCUCUGCUUCCCCUGCGCCCGCUACCACCGUCGCACGCGCGAAGGGUUCGAGAAGCUGCAGCCCGCCGACGUGUUGAACCCGCUCUUCGACUGCCCCAACGCCCGCAAUCCGCUGGCCCCGCAGCCGCGACACCGCAUCACCCACGGCCGCAUGCUCCCCUUCUCCUUCGUCCAGCUCGUCAUGCGCGCCCACCGCUUCUCCCCGCGCUACGGUAUCUCCGCCGACCUGCUCUCGCGCCGCUGGCGCCGCGAUGGCUGGUCGCACCACAGCCGCUACUACAUCCACCGCGGGCGGCUGCUCAUGCGCGUCGUCAGCAGCUGCUUCGCGGAGCCCGACCUCCCGCCCAGCUCGCAGCGCAUGCUUCUCUACUCGCGCGACGACUACUGGCCGUACUUCUCGGCGUGCGCGCACUGGCGCGACGGCGAGCUCAUGAACGUCUGCAAGUGCGCGCUCGGCCACAUCCCCAAGCCGCGCGAGACCGCCGGCCUGCAGGGUCUCGAACACCGCGGCAAGGACAUGGUCCACGGCCGCAUCCACAACCCCAACGCCCUGACCACCCUCUGCGGCAAGUGUCGUCCCAUGCGCCGCUGCCCCGAGUGUCCCUCCGAGUACCUCGUCGAGGUCAAGCUCACCGAGGACCGCGCUGACCCGCGGAGCUUGUACUUCCGUCACGCUAUCGUCGUCACCCGCUGGAGUGACCUCGGCGACGGGUCGUCUCCGCGUCUGUCGCCCGAGUGGGCUGCCUGUAAUGGGCACGGCGACGGCUACGACUCGUUCCAGUUGCUCGGCAAGCGCACCAUCUCGGGCACCUUUGAGUCUUCGAUCACUGAUGACGUUCUCCCGGGACAGCGCGUGUUGUCGAUGAACCCGCGGGGUAAGAAAUUGGGCGAGGCCGGCACGGGCUGGUACUGA